AUGCGGGUGGCCGUUGAUGUGGGGAACGGGGCUACGGGGUGCCCGGAGGCGCGCUUUCGAUUAAACACGGUUUACCGUGCCGAAGGCUCGUCGGCGCGGGAGACGGAUAUGGGGAGACGGGCCCGCUCGAAGGCCAUGACGAAGGCGCGCGCGCGCACGGCGGGCCCGAGACGCGUAACGUAG